AGUUUGUUGUAGAAACCCAGAAAAAAGCAGCACGCCGCCUGGCACUGGUGUCUGCCUGCAGAGACCUUUAGCCAUGAUGUGUCACACAUGUUUGACUUCGACUUUGCAGAGUUGGAGGAAGAGGACAGUCCCAGAGAGAAGUUCUUCCCUGGCGAAGUGCUCCGGGCCUGCAGCCCUGUGAUGAUGCGGGAGGAAGCGAGUCUGGAGAGCAAGGUGAUAUCGACGCUAGCUGCAGGCACCCUGGUGGAGGUGCUCUUGAGCUGCGGGUCUCGGCGGCUGCUGGUGAGUGGCGACGGCAAGGAGGGCUGGGUGAGCGCUGAGGCGUUGGAUGGCACCAUUCUAUGGGAAAGAGCUGGCAAAGUACAAGAUGGAAACAUCACCCCAGAUGUAGACAUCAGGCGCUUCCGUGAAGCAGACCGGCCUUGGCUGAGGAUUAUCGAGAAGCAAGCCUUCGGUGGUACAGAGCAGUGCUUGGAGCUUUGGCUGCGCGACAGCUGCACACCGGGUAGCCGCACUGUGGUAGAGGUGGCUAUUGGGCGAUCCUCUGGCCGUGUGCUGGGCUACUGCGCCUGGCGCCUGGAAGGGCCUUUGCAUUCCCCGAUGCUGCAUUUGCUGGGCCUCGCCGUGGAGUUCUCGCAGCGGCGCCGUGGCUUGGGCGCUGCGCUGGCGCGAGCUGCGCUGGAGCAGGGAGAGCAAAUGGCCUGUGGGGCGGCGGUGCUGCACGUGCGGAUCGAGAAUCAGCCUGCACAACGGCUCUACCGCCGCCUGGGCUUCCUGCGGGUGGCCAAGGUGCUCGACUACUAUGGACACGGGCGGGAUGCCUGGGAGCUAUUGAGGGAAUUGCCUGCCAUGGUGCAGCGCCCCGUGGAUGCCCAGCAGGUGAUGAAACUGCGGGCUGAAGGCUUCCCCCGCCGCGCGGUGGAGCGCGCGUUGCGCUGGGCUCCGGCACUGGAGCUGGCGAGGGAGCUGGCGGCCGGGCGGCUGGUGGUCGUCUCCGAGAAGGCUCUGCGCGAGACGCGCGACAAUGGUGUGCUGCUUGGACCGGUGCAGAAAAAGAGCCGUACUGCCAGGGUAGACCGGACGCCACAGUCCCGCAGCAGCGCGCCGACCGCCAGGACCAGCAUGGUCUUCUCGGUCUUUAUGUCCAUUCCUCAUUGGGCGAUGGCUGUCUCGCUGCAGGGGUGCAACUUCGUGCAGCAGACCAGUGACAUCGCACCGCCUUUGCCCAAGGUGAUUCUGGGUAUGCUGAUGGAGGUAUGCCAUCAGCCCCUGGCGCAAAAAUGGGGUUAUCCUGAGCGAGUGUUGAACCUGAUCGCCAGCAUCGCUGCAGAUGCACUCGAUCAACUGACGCAUUUGUCUGGCCUCAUUAUGCGACCGGUGUCCCUGGCCUACUACCAGCAUUGCCGAGUCAUCGUGAUUAUCUUCAGCAUCAUGUGGCCUUUGGUGACUGAAGUCGGAGAAAACCAGAUGGGUGCCAUCUUCGACAACAUCGUCUUCCCAUUUGUGGUCUACUGGGCAAUGUCUGGGCUUGAGAGGCUGGCGGAGAUGAUGGAGAACCCCGUGGGCGACGAUGACACGGACAUCAACCUACUACAACAGCUUCAUGAACUUGAGGUCGGUGCGCAGCUCGCCUUCGAGCUCGCUGAGAAGCGUCGGAGUGCGCUACGCAGGACCUUGGCUCGCGUUUGCCCCAGCUACAUGGAGAGCGGCAAGGCAGCGCAGCGCAAGUCGCCACCGAUGGUGGCUCCUGCGCAUUUCGAGGACCACUUCUGCUGGCUUCCGAUCCCUACGGUGAUUGCUGAGGGAAUGGUGCUGAAGCAUGGCCAUGUGGACCACGUGCAUUCGGCCUUCUUCGAGGGCCAUAUCGCCGAGUUCCGCUCCUUCCUACGGAGGGCCCUGAAGCGGCACAGCGCUGGCCGGAGGAGCAUCUAUGAAGCGAUCCCGCAGGAUGCCGAGUCUGAGGAGCUGAAGGUUUACCCUGAGGCGGGUGCCGACACCACCAUGGGCAUCAUCCAGCGUGAUUGCAAUGGUUUUUGGCACUACUUGGCAUUCCGCUCGGUGCUGACCAGCAACUUGGGCGCAGGUGAGCUCACACGUCAGGCACUCUGGCGAAAACGAAUGGUUCACCUCAUGGGCCAAGACCAUCCAGCUGCCGAACUUCUCCAAACCGACUCCCAAGACACUGCGAGGUCGGUGCUCCUGCGGCCCAUCAUGGGCCCUCGCCCUCGGAAGCAUCACGUGUCAGAGGCAUUGAUGCAAGCUGCGCCAAGGGGUGUACCGAAAGCUCAGGAUCCCAAAGCUGGGUACGGUGCUUCGGACAAAGGCCCAGGCUCGCCCAAUGACCUCAUGGGCUCGCCCCAUGCCGGCAGUGGCCCCAUGCCACGUGGAGGUGAUUUGCUUCGAGAGAUGGACAGCUCUCCUGGAGGCCACUUCAAGGACACCUUUCCUCAGCCGCCCAACCCGCCAAGACAGGCCCCGUGGAGUGGGGAGGACCGUUCAAGCUUCCACCCCUGA